UAUCCCUAACCCCACACAUCAAACGUAAUUAAACCGGGAAGUUGAUGAUUUUUUUCUGUUUUUUUUUAAUAUUAAAAAAUUAUCAAUGCUGAGGUACCUUUACAGAUUGUAUUAGGGAGACAGGGAGUUAUAUGUUAGGAAGUCCUAUCGCAGAAUAUACAGAUCAUGGAUAAUUUUGUUAUUCCACCUUCGCCAAAUUGGUAUAAUUCACAUAUUUUAGCUUGUGCUUCAGAUAAUACAUUAGUAUACGGAUCAAAAAACGAAGUGGUUAUCAUUCAUCCAACCAUAGGUGAUGAAUCUCCUAAGAUCGAUAUUUUACCAGAUGAUGGCUCCAAUCAUAAGAUAGUUUCUGUAGAUGUUAAUCCAAAAUGGAAUUCCCCAAAUAAAUGGAUAUUAUCUUCUUGGGAUGACAAACUUGUUAAAAUAUGGGAUAUGAAGUUAUUGCAGUGGAAGAAAUGCAGCCCACCCUAUAAGGGAGAGAAAGAUAACUUAGUUGCAGCAAUGUUCUUGAGUGAGGAAAGAAUGUUGAGUGUUACAGAAGCUGGAAUUCUUGUAAUUUGUAAUAUACAUCAACUUAAAUUCACCCACAUAAAUCAUUUAUUUUCUUAUAAACUUUCUAUAACAUGUAUGGCACCUUGUCCACAUUCAUCUAAUAUAGUAGCAUUAGGUGCAAAAACUGGACUUAUAAUUGUCAUUGACCUCAAGAAAAAUGGUCAUAUUACACACACAUUAAGAGGACACUAUGAAGACGUAACGUCACUUUCUUGGUGUCCAGCUCCAGUAAAUAUAUUUCCUGAAAAGCCUGCAUCACUUUUGUUAAGUAAAAAUAGAAAGAAUAACACUGAUACAGAAAAUGAUACCAUAUCUAAGAUGAAAAAAGAUGACAAUCUUAAUGGAGCACCGAAUAAUGAAGAUGUAGAGGAAAAAAACCAUUUACUUAAAAAAAAAGAAGACUUAUUGAGAGAAGUUGAAAGGAGAUUAGCUGAAAGUAUAUCUGAAAAUUCAAAGCAAGGACAAGAUCUGGAAAAUAAGCCUUGUGAAAGUGGUGAACCUAUUAUUUAUGAACCACAAAAAGAGUUUUCAGUUUCUUGUGAAGUAGUGGAAAAACCAAAGAUCGAAGAUUCAUAUGUAAAACUGAAAAACUCAACUUCCGAAGAAAUUGAAUCUAUUAUGGGGAAAACAAAGAAAGAUUUGUCAGGUUCUUGUGUACCAAUUAAACCUUUCAUUGAUGAAACUGAGAAGAAAAAUGAAAUUUGUGAAGCAGGUGAAUCUGUUAUAGAAAAACUAGAUGAAAAAGUAUCAACAUCUUGUGAAACAGUUGAACCUUUGGUAGAGGAACCAAAGAAGGAAGUAUCAACAUCUUUUGAAACAGUUGAAUCAGUGGUAGAGGAACCAAAGAAGGAAGUAUCAACAUCUUGUGAAACAGUUGAAUCAGUGGUAGAGGAACCAAAGAAGGAAGUAUCAACAUCUUGUGAAACAGUUGAAUCAGUGGUAGAGGAACCAAAGAAGGAAGUAUCAACAUCUUGCGUAACAGUUGAACCUAUGUUAGAGAAAUCAGAGAAGGAGUUGUCAGCUUCUUCUGAACCAGUUGGUGUGAAAGAGGAACCAAAGAAAGAGUUACCAGCAUCUUGUGAAACAGUUGAGGUUGUGGCAGAUGAACCAGAGAUAGAAUUAUCAGCUUCUAGUAAACCAUUUGAACCAUUAAAGGAGGAACAGAUAAAGGAAUUGCCUGAUUCCUGUGAACACAUUGAACCACUGAAUGAGAAAUUAUUAGAAACUCCAACAACUUCUUGUAAUGAAGUUGUAAAAAAAACCCAUACUAAAACUGUUGAAAUGAAUGGGAAUGUACCACAAAGAGAUCUGAUGUUAGCUUCUUGUUCAAAGGACCGUAAAAUCAUUAUAUGGAGAGCAAGAGAUGAUGGAAAGACGUUAUGUUCUUUUAAGCUAUCAGACAAAAAACCUUAUUUUAAUAGAAAUAAAAAAAAUUCCAGUCCAUCUUGGCGUACCUUGAAAUGGGUAAACCCGUUUUAUUUUCUGAUUACCACAAAUAAAGGGGAAGUCCUAAAAUAUCAUCUACCUGAUCAACCAAAUGCACAAAAGGAAUAUACACUCGUUCACAAUGAACAUGUUGGCUUUAUUUUUGCACUAGCUGCCCAUGUACCUAUUUUAACAGUAGAUAACUGGUUUGCUGACCAUGAAGUAAAAUUUUGGACCUUCUCACAUGAUAUGUAUCUCUUGAAUACGAUUUUAAACUCCAGGACAAAUCACUUAUUAUCUAUAGAAACGUUUUGUGCGCUUGUGAAUUGUAUGACUUGGUGUCCUAUGGAUCCCAAUAGAAUAGCCUUAGGUUUGUCUAAUGGAAGUAUAAAAAUUUGGAAUACAAAUAGCUCUUCUCCUAAAUUUUUUACACCAUCAAAUUACUCCGCCAAGAUUUAUGGAAAAAUUACCAAUUUAGAGUGGAAUCCCAAAAAUGAAUUGUUGAUUGCUUUCAGUACAGAAGAAGGCACUAUUGGCAUCAUCAAUACGAACAAUAAGCAAAGAGCUACUUGGUUCAAGCAGUAUUUCUCAAGUGCUAUUCACAACAUUCAGUGGGCACCUUAUAAAGAUAAAACUUGUUUGUAUGUCUUAGGGAAAGGAAAUUUAAUGAUUUUCGAUGCAGAUCAACCAAAAGAAGAUCCGCUCAAAAUUCUAAUAAAGUUGGAUAUUGUACCUUAUUAUUUCUCUUGGAAACUUGACAUGUCGUUGAUGCUGGUAUCACAUGCCUGUGGAGAAAUUGCUUUCCUCGAUUCCAAUUUGGAGAUUAAAGCUUCAUAUUAUAAUACAAAAAAAAUGUCUCUUAUAAAGUGGCAUCCAGAUUCAGAAAAAUCUUGUUCUGCUAGGUCAUUCUGGGUUGCAGCAGCUCUGGAGAAUGUUGUAUACCUCUUUGAUUUUGCAGAAGUGGCAGAAAAUAAUGGUACUCUUAACAUUGAUGAGGCGAUGAAAAGAAAAAUUGAACUACAUUACAGUACUGUAAAGGAGAUAGCUUGGAAUCCCUUCAAUGGUGAUCAAUUAGUAACUGCUGGGGACGAUGGAAUGGCUUAUGUUUUGAAUGCCACAGAUGGGACAAUAUUGGCAUCUUAUUAUGAUAGAAAUAGAAGAUUCCAACCAAUCAAAGCAAUUAUGUGGAGUCCUGUAGAGGAAGAUCUUUUAAUAAUGGCAGUGUCAAGAACUGCUACUUUGAUAGGAUGGAAGUCAAAGGAUAAUAUUGGAGCUCCUAGUAGUGAGGUUUUAAAAGAGUGUCAAGAUCAUCUUAAAAAUAUAAAAAAGAGCAAUGGUUCGCCAAAAGAAUUCGAUGCAUCGAAAAAAAUUUUAAAAGCAGCUAAAUAUGUUAUAUUACCCAGUAUCACAGGUACACCGAACGAAAAGGAUGAAGAUAGUGCAAGAUUUCUUUUUGAAAUUUUAGAUGAGACAGUAUAUAAUCGUACCAUAGAUAACCCAUCUAAUAUUCAAAAAUUAUUUGGAAAAAAGGAUGAUAUAUUGCUUCUACUGAACUCCACUGAAAAAACUCAUUUGGAUAAAGGUAGAUUGGAGUCUGCAGCUACAGUAUCUGUCUUCAAAGGUGAUUUACAGAUUCAUAUUAUUGAAGCGAUUCAACAGCGUAGAGUGACCCCCCUUUUGAUUUCACUUGCUCCAUCAGUAUCCACAAGCUUAUGGCAAAAAGCUUGUGAAACAUAUGCUAGUCAACUUAGUAGUAGAUCAGAUGCAGAUCCUCUGGAGGUAGUACUCUAUUUCUUGUCAUCUCAGAAAAUCGAAGAAGCCAUUGAAUAUCUUUGUGAAAAAGAAAUGUUCAAAGAAGCCUUAGCUUUGGUUAAAUCUAGAUUACCUUCUGACAGUGUCAUUAUUAAGGAUAUUAUUAAGAGAUGGGCUAAGUACUGUGCACAAUGUGGAAAUUUGGAAAUAGCAGCCAUUUGUUACAUAAAACUAGGAAAAUACGAAGAAGCUGUCAAACUUUUGAUGAGAAGAAAUGAUGUUGGCAUACUUGGAUUUGCUUAUGAUCUAGCUGAAAUAACAGAAAAUACUAGUUUGAAAAAAUUUUGUCGUUUCCGAUAUAACGCAUUCUCCAAAAAUGACAGGAUUGAUAUUGAGAAAAGCAAUAAAUUGCUUGAAGAGGAUGGUAAUACUUUCGGAGGAGAUGAAAACAAUACAAAAGAAGGGAUACAAGAGAAAAUCGUAAAUGGAGAUGUCAAAAUUAAUGGUAAAGAAUGUAAUGUUGAUGAGGUAAUACAUUCUGAAACAAAAAAUGAAGAACCAAUAGAAAUAAAUAAUUCUGUGGAUAUAGAAGCAGUAACAAGUACUCAUGAUGAAGUGAAUGAUGAGAAAAAAAUAACAAGAAAAGAAAAUACGAACAUCAAUGGCGAAGAAAGUGUUGAAGAUGUAAAACACUCUAAAAUAAAAAUUGAGGAAGUAGUAGAGAUAAGUAAUUCAGUUGACCAAGAAGCAGUAACAAGUACUCAUAACAAAGUAAAUGAAGAAAAAUUAACUGAAAUUAAUGAUGAAGAACGUAUUGGAGAAAUAAUACAAUCUGAAACAAAAAUUGAAGAAGUAAUCGAGAUCAAAAAUUCAGUGGAUAAAGAAGCAGUAACAAUUACUCAUGAUGAAUUAAAUAAAGAGAAACAACACGCAAAAAAUGGACAUACAGAAGUCAAUGAUGAAGAAAAGAUUGUUGAGAUGAUAAAACAAUCUCAAACAAUGACCGAAGAAGCAGUAGAGAUAAAUAAUACACUUGAUACUCCAACAUUAGAUGAAGCAAAGAAUACUCAUGAGGUAAAUGAAUCUGAAGGAGAAUCAUAAAAAUACUGAUUAGAUAUAGCAGUGUGGCCAUUUUCGAACUGAUAUUUUUUUUAUUAGGAAGAUGAUUUUUUAAUUUAUAUUGUUAGUAUUGUGAUUUAUAAUAAGGAGUAUGGAUGAUUACUUCAAGUAAAAUAAUUUGACAAUCAGAAAUUCAUAUUCGUUUAGUUUUAUUAACUUGAUUACAGUAUAAUGUUUUUAUCUCAGGAAUAAAUUUUCUUUUAUAUA